GUUAAAGUUCUAUAAAUACACCAAAAUUCGGGUUAACAAUAGCAUCGACGUUUGGCCCGUACGGUGUUCGACCAGAUGGUAACAUGCUUGGCGUCCACCCUUUUUCAAGAUAUCCAGCCCCAAAUAAAAACGGGCUGAGGCAACGCAACGUGCUGAACCAGGGUACAAUCUCAUACCCCUUGUCAGUACGUAUGCCGGCAUAUCCGAACCUCGCGUUGCAUAGCGAGGUCGCAGUAGAGUAAAUUACAAGACCAAACCGUCGUGAGAAGAUGAGGUGCCCUUGGUAUCACAUAAUACGAAUUACCGGCCAAUUGCUUGGCCUUUUAAUCUCUAUAACCUCCGUAAUCCACAAAUCGACGCUCUCUCUUGCGUGAGCAUUAUCUACCUUGGUACGUAUCCAAUUGGUCAGAGACUCGAGCUCCCGGUGUCCACAAUGGGCUAUCCUGAAGCCAACACCAAUCCAGGGGCCGACAUCUCUGCUCCCGUCAUCCCAAGAGAACCGGACUUAGAACGAAACUUAGAAAAGGUCGAGGACGUAGAAAUAGUGACGGAGAUUGGGGAGCAAAAUGGAGUGGAAAAUACUGAACCAACACCGAAAAAGUCGCUUUCCUUUAAACUAGCCUUCGUAGGGCUUGCGGCAAUCCUUUUUGUCUUUCAGCUGGAUGCGACUUGUCUAGGCAUUGCCCUUCCGACCGUAGCUGGUGAGUUAAAGGGUUCGAGUUUGCAAUCAUUCUGGGCGAACCUGGCCUACACCCUAUGUGGUCUGGUCAUGCAACCAGUCUGGGCCGGUAUUUCAGACGCGUUCGGUCGAAAGCCGCCUCUCUACGUGUGCAUGGUAUUAUUCCUUAUCGGUUCCAUCAUUUUCGCCCUUGCGCAAAAUAUGAACACCGUCGUUGCCGCACGGGUCCUCCAGGGCUUCGGCGGCGGGGGAAUUGACGUUCUGACCCAGGUGAUUCUCGCUGAUAUGACGAAGCUGGAGGAACGCUCGAAAUAUCUCGGCUUGAUGGCUGUUCCUUCGGCCGUUGGCAAUAUCAUGGGACCUAGCGUUGGUGGCCUUUUUACUACGUAUGCUACGUGGAGGUGGAUUGGAUGGAUCAACCUGCCGUUCCUAGGAAUAGGGACGCCUUUGCUGUUCUUGUUCCUUAAACUUCGGCCCGUCCCGCUCGAUGCAACGCUUGCCAAGAACUUGAGGCGCAUUGACUGGAUCGGUAUGGCUCUAGUCAUUAUCGGAAUCACGAUUUUCGUUAUACCAGUCAGUUGGGCGGGCUCCUUAUUUCCAUGGGCUUCCUGGCAGACUCUCCUUCCAAUGCUCUUGGGGGCUGCGGUGCUCGUCGUCUUUGCCUUCUACGAGGCGACGCCUGCGGCACCCAUUGUUCCUCAUCGACUCUUCCACUCAAAGACCGGAAAUAUGGCGCUGCUAGGGGGCUUCAUCCAUGGAAUGGUUCUAGUCUCUUUAUUACAGUACUUGCCCUUGCUCUACCAAUCCGUAGAGCUUGAAACCGCAAUCUCAGCGGCAGUCUCGCUGUUGCCUACAUCUAUCAUCAGCGUGGUGUUCGCAGCCGUCGCAAUGAUGAUGGUCCCGUUAUUCGGAGGAUAUGCAUGGCUUCUACGACUUUCAUGGGUCAUUCUUACGCUAGGAACUGGCUUGCUAGCCCUCUUCGAUAUUGGAACCUCAUCAUCCAUGCGUUACGGGCUUCCUAUUCUUUGGGGGCAAGGUGUUGCGUUACUACGUCUCAAUAUUCUUCCUAUGCAAGCGAGCGUGAAGAAGAUUGACGACACAGGCGUAGCUAUUGGGUCAUUUCUCUCUAUUCGCAUGUUUGGAGGUCUUAUUGGUCUCACCAUCUCCUCGACAAUAUUCAGCAAUGUUUUCUCAACGUCCAUCUCUACCAGCGCAGUCCAGUUAACGGGAGCUUUAGCGCCUUUGAAAGACGCCUCAAAUGCGGUAAACUUGAUUGAAAACUUGAGAUCACUAGAUGUUUCCCUUACAACGCUAAAUCAGGUCUUGGGAGUCUAUCUGAACUGCUUUCAGACGAUAUUUUAUACGAUGACCGGCCUGAGUGCAUUGGGCUUGAUAACUUCGAUGUUCCUAGAUGAGAUUGAUCUGAAGGGACGGGAUCUUGGGAAUCAGCGUUUUGAGGAAUAGGAAUAGACAAAGACGGGGAAAGGGACUCACUCCCCUCGUAUCAAUAAUAUUUAAUCCUAAUACAAUAAUAGAUAUAUCUCAACAA